AUGUAACUAUAACUGCAUGUUUACAUGCAGUUGUACCUAUAGUUGGUAAACAUGAAUAGUAGCCCAUCACUCAAUGAGGGAGGUUACGACUACAAGUUCAUAGAAAAACCUGCAGACUCUCUCAAGUGUCUCAUCUGUCUGCUAGUAGUUAGGGAGCCACAACAACAUGGCGGCUGUGGGAAGUUAUUCUGUAAAGUGUGUAUUGACAAGCACACACUCCUAAGAAAUACCUGCUGUCCACACUGCAGGCAGCCAUUAAAUAACUCAAAUGGCUUUCCAACCAUCUUCAAUGAUUUCCGAAGUGAUCAAGAGGUCAAAUCUCUAAUGGUGUACUGCAACACUGCUUGCGGUUGGAAAGGAGAGCUGGGAUCACUCGAUAAUCACAAGCAGAAAGACUGUGAGAACACGGCAGUCUUUUGCGAAAACAAUUGUGGUGAAAUAAAUAUUAUUCGAAAGAAUCUCAAGGCCCACCUCGAGUCCAAGUGUCCUAAUCGACUACACAAAUGCCCUGACUGUGGUGCAAACAACCAGUACAAAAACCAACAAGUUCAUACCAAAUUACAUUGCCCCAAGCGAUCGUAUUCUUGUGUUCAUUGUGGUGAAAACGGCUGCUUUGAUGAGCGUACUUCUACACAUUUGAAGGUUUGCCCCAAGAUGAUAAUUGCAUGUAAAAAGUGCACACAACGUAUCCUGCGCUGCCAGCUGCCAACUCAUCCAAAAGAAUGCACGUUUGAACCAGUGCCCUGUAAAUAUGCUGCAGUCGGGUGCAAAGUUCGACCUCUACGCAAAUACCUCAAGAAGCACGAGGAUGAUGACCAACUACACCUUCGAGUUACCACAGAAACAGUGCUCGAGCUAAAGAAAAUGCUUCCCAAACCCGUUGCCCCAGUUACAUGCAGAGUUACAGAUUUUGACGAGCACAAAAAGGCCAAUCGUAUAGUCCACAGUCCUCCGUUCUACACUUCCACAACUGGGUACAAAAUGUGCUUAAGAAUAGAUGCCAACGGCAAUGACACUGGCGAAGGCACACAUGUCUCUGUGUUUACUUGCCUCAUGGCAGGAGAAUAUGAUGACUACCUGGCCUGGCCAUUCACUGGGACGGUUACCAUCAAGCUUCUAAAUCAGCUAGAGAAUCAGAGCCAUUAUCUAAAAACGUUUAAAAUACCAGCAGACAAUGAAGCCAGUCAGAGAGUGGUUGAUGGUGAUAGAGGGCCGGGAUAUGGCCACCUUAAGUUCAUCUCCCACGCUGACAUCGCUCACAAGCCUCGUAAAAACAUUCAGUACCUCAAAGACGACAUUCUAAUAUUUCGAGUAUCUGCAGAAGCUCCUGACUACAAGCCAUGGCUAGAGUGUACUCAGUUUGUGUAUACGUAGUGGCGUUAUUACAUAUAUAGGACAACUAAAGUUUUAACUAAUAGUUGACAAACGUGUACAAUAUAUCGUGUCUGUUCAACUAACAAAGCCUGCACAACUGAAGUGGUAUACAUGUACAUGAACUAGCGGUCAAAUAUUAUGU